CCCUAAUUAACGAGGUUUAUAUUUGCUUUGUUGUUUGAAAACUCAUACAUGUGAUGAUCAAUUAGGUCACUCAAUUUAGGUCAAGGCAAUUUGUUUGUUGAAUUCUCGCUCUUGCGUUUUCGAUAUAUACUUUAAUUUACCAAUUAAUUCAUGAUCUUGAUUGCGUUUUCACAUCUUCUAAUCAACUUCAUUAUGUGUGUGUGUACAUUCUCAUCAGUAGCUGUGUUUGUGUAGUAUUGUCGUGUUGCUUAUUAUGUAGAUAAACUCUCCUUGUGUACUAUUGUUAGUAAUUGUUUUCCUUUCAUAAUUUUAGUCAUAAAUGAGAUAAAUAGAACUGUAUAAUUAUGUGUGUGUAUGUACAUUCUCCUCCGUAGCUGUGUUUGUGUAGUAUUGUCGUGUUGUCUCCUUGUGUAGUAUUGUUAGUAAUUGUUUUCCUUUCAUAAUUUUAUUCAUAAAUGAGAUAAAUAGAACUGUAUAAUUAUGUGUGUAACUCUUUCAGUAACGACAGAAGUACUCCUUGAUAGACAAGGUUUGACGAGUGUCAGUCUUGUGGUUUGACUCGGUGAAGAUGGAUCGGAGAAAGAUAAUAAAAAAGGCAGAGGAGUUGAUGGAAACGAGCAUGAAGGGUAACGAUGCAUCUCAUGAUGCAGCUCACGUUUACAGGGUUCGAGACCUAGCUCUUUCUCUUGCUCGUGAAGAAGGCCUCUCUUCUUCUCCUCAUUCUAUGGAUAUUGUAGAGCUAUCUGCACUUCUCCAUGAUUUAGGAGACUACAAGUAUGCGAGAGAUCCAUUAGAGGAGAAGAUUGUGGAGACAUUUCUGGUAGAGGAGGGCAUAGAGGAGGAGAAAAAGUUGAAGAUCUUAGAUAUUAUUAAACGAAUGGGAUUUAAAGACGAACUUCAAGGGCCUAAAGAUGGAUGUUAUUCACCAGAAUUUGGGGUUGUUCAAGAUGCUGAUCGUCUUGAUGCAAUUGGCGCUAUCGGAAUUGCUCGUUGCUUUACGUUUGGUGGUAGUAGGAACAGAGUGCUGCAUGACCCCAGCAUACAGGCUCGAUCUGAUUUGUCUAAGGAGCAAUAUGUGAAGAAGGACGAACAAACCACUGUGAACCAUUUUCAUGAGAAGCUUCUUAAACUUAAGGACUUGAUGAAGACAGAGGCUGGGAAGAGAAGAGCUUUGCAACGGCACAAGUUCAUGGAGGAGUUCCUCGAAGAAUUUUAUAAGGAAUGGGAUGGUAAGGCAUAAGCAUCAAGAUCAGAGACAGUACAAGAGGGAAGAAAGAAGCAUAUCCUCUUUCCCUUUCAAUUUUCAGUUACUUGGAUAUUUAACUUUGUUCAGUUAUUAAGCAUCAAGAUAUCUGGAUGUUCAUCGUAUUUUCCAUGAUCACUUGUAUUUUUCCGGAUCACUUGUAUGUUCUUUUACCUGAAUGCAGCAAUUUUCCUUUCAA